AUGUCUAGGUCAAAAUCGCCAACUACUAAUGUUUCAUCAACGCCUCCAUUACUUUUGCUUCCACAAGAAAAUGAUGUGACAUUGACUCCUAAUGAUGGAAAACCAAAACUAAAGGGAGUAAACGUUCGUCAAAGUCCUCAUACGGAUCCUUUGACACAAGUUGUCGUUUGCAAACGUUUAGCAAAAAUGCCGAUGCUCUUUCUUGCAAAACGUCGGCAAAUGCGUAAAAUAGCACUUGAAAAUUCAGCUGAACCGUAUACUGACGAUAAUGCUGGUUUAAUGGCAGCAUCACCAUCAUCAUCAGGGACAUUUGCAUUUGAACAUGAAGCUAAAACAUUUGAAGAAUAUACGCAAGAACUAGAAGAAGCCUUAACAAUAUUGAGAACAAUGAGACGUGAAGAGUAUGAAAGUCAAACAGCGCUUAAAGUCUUACGAUUUCUUGAAAAUCUUAUUCAUCAACCUAAAGAAUGGAUUUCAGGAGCAAAAUUAAAAUUAUCUGAAAUGAAAUUUCCAGAAACGGCAAUGACAUUAAUGAAUAGUUAUAAAGAAAAAGGUUAUUUAGUACGACGCAUUGUCUUUCUUCAUAGUAUAUUACUUUAUAAUUCAAUGACUAAUUUUACGGAUCAUGAAUUUGAUAAAGAAGGACUUAUUAGAAAGCAAGCAGCUGAUGCUGGUUUUAUUGAAUUUGCAUGUGAAAUUCUAAAUGAUUCAUCUUAUUUUGAAUCACUUAAAAAAUGUUACAUUAUUGACUGUCCAGAAGAAACAACGAUGAACAAUGACUUUAAUAAUUAUCAGAAAAUUUUAUAUAUUUGUGAUUCAGCUCUUACAAUUCUCUACAAUAUGGCAAAUUUACCUGAAUUAAAAAUUCAUUUUCGAGAGUGCAAUGCAACGAAUAUAGUAGCCCAAUAUACAAAAUUAUCAUCGGAUACAAUUCGAAUUCAAUUUCCCGAAACCAGUGUAAAUCAAGAUUACAUAACUAGUAUAAAAGAAUUACAAGAUGUUGUUAGUGCAAUUCGUGUAACAUCAUGUUUAUUACUUCCAUUAAUAAUGAAUGAAGAUGAAGAUAAUAUUUUAGCAGCAAAUACAUCAGAUGUUCUUCCUUUAUUAUCUGGAAUGAUUCAAAUGUACAAUGGACAUGAUCAAAGAUUUUAUGGUUUUUCAUUUACUGAAUUAGUUGAUGGUUUGUCUAAAUUAAUGGUUCGUGGUCGAACACAUAAAUAUAUUGAUCAGAGUCUUGUCAAUAUUUUAUUAAAUAUUCUUAAAAAUACAAAUCAAGAAGAUAGUUUACUUGAAUGUGUAUCUAAUGCAAUAUUAAAUGCAUCAUUUGAUGAAAAAGUUCAAACGUUACUAGAUACUGAUCGUGCAAUAGAAAUUAUAAUAUCAGCGCGUAAUGAUUCUACAAGUCAGCUUGUUCAAAAAAAUUGUGAAGCAAUUCUUUGGACACUUAAUCGAAUUCCACAUCGACGAGUUUCAACUAUAAGUCAAGCAUGUGGAUUAGAAGGUCAUAUCAUGAUUUCAUACAAUCGUUCAGUAACAGCUAUGUGUUUGAAAAUUCGAGAUCGAUUAAAAGCUUUACACUAUAGUGUAUGGCUUGAUGUCGAUAAUAUAAAUGGUGGAGUUUUGGAAUCUAUGGCUGAAGCUGUUGAAAAAUCAUCGAUUAUACUUAUUUGUAUGAAUGAACAAUACAAACAAAGUUAUUAUUGUCGACUCGAAGCAGAAUAUGCAACAGAGUUAAGAAAACCAUGCAUUCCAUGUCUUAUGCAACCAAGAUUUCGACCAUACGGAUGGCUUGGAAUAAUUAAAGGAGCUAAAAUUCAUGUUGAUUUUGCCACAUUACCUUUUGAAGAAGCUUUUUCUACUUUAAUUCGUGAAGUUGAAACAAUCAAACAAGAUGAUUUACAAGAAGUUAAUAAUGGAAUUGAUAAAAAUAAUGGCAAAGCUCAUCGUCCUCAUGGUACCGGAUUUUCUACUAUUGAUGCUAUAAAUAGUAUGAUUGAAUCUAAACAAAAUAAACCAGUAAAACCAACUGUUCAACAAGAACAUAUUACUACAAGUUGGGAUACAACUUCAGUACAACAAUGGCUUGAACGCAUUGAAUUAUCAAAUUUGGGUCGUGCUUUUACGAAUGUUGAUGGAAAAUUACUUUGGCAUCUAUAUCAAAUGAAACAAUUAGCUGCUGAUGCAUAUUAUAAAUUUCUUGAUAAAUAUAUCGAUCGUGUGCAUAUAGCACGAAUGAGUGAUAUACUCAAACUUGAUCAUGAGCUUGAAUCUCUUUUUCAAUAG